AUGGAUGACGCAGAGCUAGAGCAGAUCAGAAAGGCUCGUCUUGAGCAGCUCAAGGCCCAAGGUGGCGGCGGCGGCGGCGGCUCCUCUGGGCAGCAAGAGCAGCAGCGACAACAAAACGACGACGCGCGCCAGAGCAUCCUCAACCAGAUCCUCCACCCCGAAGCGGCCGACCGACUGGGCCGCAUCCGUCUUGUCAAGGAGGAGCGAGCCACCGACGUCGAGAACAGACUCAUCAUGCUCGCGCAGACGGGUCAGCUGCGGCAAAAGGUCACAGAGGCACAGCUCAAGGAGCUUCUGAACGCCAUGGCCGACAAGAAGGAGGAGGAGAAGAUUGUCGUGAGCAGGCGCAAGGCUUGGGACGACGACGAUGAUGACCUGGAUCUGUGA